UCCCCAACCCAACCGAUGCUGAUCAACCAAUGGAAAACUCAACCUUUCAUCCUCUCCAGCAGCAUCGCGGAGAAUUGGGCAGCCGGCGAGCGCCGACAAGGUCUCACCGCUUCGACGCAGAACGGCGACGCAAGAUCUCCCCCUCCGAGCCCUGUCAAGCCUCGUCCGCGCAUCGACACCACCGUCACCGACGCCGAGGUCGGCGUCAUGAUCGAGGAGAUGGACGCCGACCACGACGGGUUCGUGGACAAGAAGGAGUUCAAGGAUUUCCAGAGGUCCGGCGACGACGUCGAGUCGGAGCUGAAGGACGCGUUCGACGCGUACGACCUGGACCGGAACGGGCUGAUCUCGGCCAAGGAGCUGCAGAUGGCGCUGAGGAAGCUUGGGGAUAGGUGCGGGGUUGAGGAUUGCGAGAGGAUGAUCAGGUCGGUGGACGGGGAUAAGGAUGGGUGUGUCGAUUUUGGGGAGUUUAAGAGGAUGAUGAUGAGCGGUAAAAGAACUUAAUCGGGGCGAAUGAAAAGCCUAAUGAAAUCACGUAAGAUUAUGAUAUGGUGAUCCUAUCGAAAAAUAAUAAGAAAUAAAAGGUGGGGGGGCGUCUCUGAACGAUCUCCGGUAUCGUGUUUUCAACGGUUGGUGUUUGUACCGAUGUAUUCAGCCCGUUGUUACCGUGUGUGUUUUUCUAGCUUAAUUUUCUGGGAAGUAUUAAUUCAAGUUCUCCGUCUAUUUCUGUGUGCU